GGGGGGACUAUUGCCAUGGCAACCCCGGCCUGCCUGUUGGGAAGAGGCCGCCGCGGCGGCGGCCUAAGACCUAUGGAGAGCGGCGGCGGUUUGACCGGCUUGGCCUCCGGGAGCCCUGAAGAUCCCGGCCCGGCCCCGAAGCUUGCGACCGACCUUCCCGUUCUCCCGAAAGAAGUACAACAGUUUGCUGCCAUGAAUGAGGAACCUGCCACUAUUUGUUUCAAUGAAGAUGAUUAUUACUGUCCUGUUUGCCAAGAUGUGUUUAAAACACCUGUGAGGAUUUCUGCUUGUCAGCAUGUGUUUUGCAGGAAAUGUUUCUUAAUGGCUAUGAAAGAAGGUGGAACACAUUGCCCACUAUGCAGAGGCAUUGUCACCCGAAAAGAAAAAGCACGUCCUAACAGAGCCUUAGAUGUUGAAAACAACAUGAAGAAAUUGGUGGGGAGCUGUAGAUGCUGCGACAAACAGAUAAGAUUCUCGCGUAUGAGACAGCACUAUAAAUCGUGUAAAAAGUAUCAAGAUGAGUAUGGUGUUUCUUCUGUAAUUCCAAGCUUAGACAUAUCUCAGGAUUCAACAGGAAACAGUUUUAGAAGUGACUCUUCUACUUCGGAAGUUGGAGAAAAUUCUAAUCUACAUGUUCCUGAAGAAGCUACAAGUGGACAGCCUACAUUCAAAUGCCCUCUGUGUCAAGAAAGUAACUUUACAAGGCAGAACUUAUUGGAUCACUGUAAUGAUAGGCACCUUUAUCAACUAGUUCCAGUAAUCUGUCCUAUUUGUGUCUCUUUUCCAUGGGGAGAUCCUAACCGGGUUACUAGAGAUUUUGUUGGCCAUUUAAAUCUAAGGCAUCAGUUUGAGUAUGGAGAUUUUAUGAAUCCUCAGCUGGAUGAGGAAACUCUGUUCCAAAAUGCUGUUGAGGAAUCUUGUCAAGAGAACCUUUGAAAUCUCUAAUUUGUUCACAUCAUUGCUUUCUGCGAGGGGAGAAGCUGCAUCAGUGGUCUCAGUGUUAAUAAAAGGGAACCCUUGUAUCCAGUUUAACUGUAUAGCAGUAUUACUUUCCCUUGAAUUUAUUUUAAAAUGCUUUUUAUUUAAACUAACAAAAAAGCAUGUUAUAUUAUAAUACUUUAAUAUGGGGUGUUUUUUCCUCCACAUAAUAUUAGAAAUAUUUCAUAUAUCUGGCAAAAACGUUACUGUCUUUGAGAUAAAGCUAUUAAGAGCCAUUUUGCAUCAUUUGUUUUGUUAUUUUUAAAGAAGUGUUACACUAUAGAGAAAAAAAUUGCACUGGGACAAAGUAAUGACAUACAGAUAGUAAGGACAGGGUGGUGUUUUUUAUUCUUUUUUGGAUGAGUUAAAUAACUUUUCUUCUAUGCUUACUAAAUCUAUGUUAAAAGCUUAAAAAACCCCAAUAAUUUCUAGCCCAAUACUAUUCUAGCCCCAGCUAGUGUUUACAUAAAAGAACAUGCACACAGGGGUUUUCUCAAUGCUGUCAAGAAUCUCUUAAGUAGCCACAGUCUGGAGGCUUCCUAGCUAUGGCAUACUUACUACUUGGCCAUUUUCUAGACACCAGCCACUUACUUGUAAAGUAGCCUAUCUUAAAUUGAUAUUUUUAAUUUAUUUUAUUCAGAGAUUGGUUACUUACUGGUUUUUGGAUUGUAUCAUUAUUCACUUGAGAAAAUUUAUAAAAACUUUUUCCAGUUCUUUAACAAAAUUUGGGAUAAAAAAGUCAGAAUAAUGAGCUGCAAGUAUGUUGAAAAUACUAACUGACUAAGGAAGCUUUAUGGUAAGAAAUAAAGAGGUCUUUUAUUGGAAGUGCUGUUUUAGGGGGAAAUUGUUCUUGAGCCAAUACCAGCUUAAUCUGAUUUUAGAUAUGAGCUUUCUGUUAAAUUAUCUACUGAACACUUGUUUCAAAGCCUAGGCCUGGAAACCAUGGGAAUACCUGUGCUUCUUCAAAAGCCAUUGUACAUUUGAACACUCUAAACAUGGGGUUACCACUUCAUGAGUCUCAGUGCCCAAACAAUCCUUGUCUAGGAAAGGGUGCAGUUGACAUUCCACACAAAGCUGAUGGUAGGCUCUGCCAUGGAGGCCGCACGGGCCUCAUUGGACAAAGAUUCCUCCAUAAAUACUCCUAAACUCUCUGCAUGUUCCUUUAGAGUGCAAUCCAAUCCAGAACAGGCAAGUCCCAAAUUCUCAGGCAUGGGAAUUGGUCAUCCAGAGCAUCCUUGUCUUAGCAAAAUUCAGCCUCACUUUUUUGGUCCACAUCCUACCCACCCUGAGUCCAGGCACUGCUUCAUCUUGUGCAUGCCCUCUUGACUGAGAACUAACAAAGAGCUGGGUGUCAUCAGCACAUUGAUGACACUGCCCCAAGUCUCCUGAUGACUGCUUCUGUUGGCUUCAUAUAGUUGUUUAAUAACAUAGGGAAUAAAAUAGUGUUGUGCAGUACCCCACAACUAAAUCACAAGGGUACUGAUACAUAGUCCCUCAGUACUGUUAUCUGAGACUGGCCCUACAAAUAGGAGUGGAACCACCAUAGAGAAGUUCCUUCAACAUCCAACUCUCAGAAGGUACCAUGGUCAGUGGUAUCAAAGCUGCAGAGAGAGAAGCAAGAGCAACAAAGUUGCACUCCCCAUCUCUCCUCUGGGGAAUAUUAUUCAUAAGAGCAACCAAGGCUGAUUUUGUGUUAAAAAACAUCCUGAACCCUUAUUGGAGUGGAGGCAGUUAAUAGUUUUCUUCCUAGAGUGUCUACAGCUGCAUUGCCACAGUCCUGAAGCACCUUGCCCAUAAAGGGUAUUAGACACUGGGUAGUAGUUGCGCUAUUGGUAUAAUUAGGAAUGAGCAGAUUCCCUCAGUACCAUGACAUUGUUGCCUCUUGUCUCUGUAGCCUAAUGCAAUAUUAGAUUGCUUUAACAAAAGCUUAGUAUGCAAGUCAUGUGUGGUAAUAGUUCUGCUCUAUUCUGUGCUGGUCAGGCUGCCUCUGGAGAACUGAGGUCAGUUCUGAGUGUAGCACAGUGUGAUCAGGUCAGUCCCCCCCCUUUAAAUUAAUUUUCAUUUUUUCACAUCACACAUAAAACAACAUAUUCACAACACACAAACCAUGUUGCCUAAAAAUAUCAACUCAGAUUCUUACAGUACACUCCAAAAAAAUCUUUCCACAUAUUACCAUGCAAUCUGGGUGUGUGUGUGGGUAUAAAUAUAAUCUUGAUGCAUAUACUCCAAAAAUGGUUGUCACACGGUGGGGGGGGGGAAGGGGUUAGAAUUCCCUUUGGUUGCAUGAAUCUGGCACAUCAGAUUUUCAGCCAGGGCUAUUGUCCAUGCUCUGAGUACCAUGCUUUAAAGCUCAAGCUCAAGGUAGUACACCUAUUUCCGCUGAGAGGAAGAACAUUAAGAGUUAUUUAUCAGCAACUGGUGGCGUAGACAUGGUCUUUAUUCCAAGUAAGGCAAGUUGAGGGGAAGGUUGUAGCUCCAUUUUGUAUAUUAAAAUCAAUUCUUUAAAUACCAAAACCCAAAACUGAUAAACAUGCCCCAAACUUAGGAUCUUCCAAUUCUAUAGCCACUGUUUUCCUCCUGGAUCUUGAAUCAAAGACACCCAAGACUUGGAAUGCCUUAUAGUAUAUAAGCAAGUGGGGCACUCCCAGACCAGAUUGUAAAUUUAUUUUUGCCAAAAUUUAAAAUCUUAGGCAUUAUAGUUAUUGGCAGGACCUGAAAUAGGCAGAGAAACUUCAGAAGGAUCAACAUAUUCAUAGCCACAAUGUGGCUCAAGCAAGAAAGGUUUAGACUUCCCCAGGAUUUCAGUUCCUCUCUAACUUGAGAUAACAAGGACUCAAUAUUUGCUUAAAGAGUGCAAGAAUUUUGAUAUAAAUAUUCCCAGAUAUUUCAGCUUUUGAGGACAGAUUGCAAAACCCUCAAUGCUUUGUAUGAAAGUUUGAGACUGUUAAGACCACAAUAAACAUAAUUUCAGAUUUGGUUUCAGAAUUAUUCAGUUCUUUAAUAACUUCAGGUAUUGCCAAUUCCGGUUUUGAUAACAUGAGAGCUAUGCCAUCUGCAAAAAGGUUAGUAUGCAUUUUACUUUAAAUUUUUUCACUUUCUAUAUUCACAUUGUUUCUAAUGACUGUUGCCAAUGGUUCAAUAGACAAGGCAAAUAAAAGCAGAGACAAAGGACAAUCUUGUUUUACUCAUUAUAGAGGUUUCUGAGUUGAGACCAUUACACAGACUGUAGCAAAGGAACGUUUGUAUACUUCAGAAGGCGAGUUAAUAAACCACUCUCAUGUUAAGUCUAUACAUCAGUGAUUUAAAAAAUGACCAACUCAGCCUGUCAAAGACCUUGUAAAAAUCCCAUGAGAUUAUUGCAAGUGGCUUAUCUUUCUUUUUACUAUAAUAAAUGACAUUCAAUAGGUGUCUUACUGGAUCCACUACGCCAGCGAUACAGAAAGCCUACCUGGUCUGGGGAGAUAAAAUUUGUAAUAAACACAUUUAAUCUGUUUGCUAAAAUGGCUGUAUACGUCUUAGCUUCUUGGUAUAACAGGGCUAAUUGGAUGCCACAAUCCCUCUAGGUCAAGGUUUCUUCUAGCUUUUAGUAGUAAGCUAGUACUGUUAUUUUAGAUUAAUGCCAGUAAUAUGGUGGAAGUUCCGCCAAAAGAACUUCAUUAAACAACUUGGCUAGAUGGGGAGACAGUUCAUUUCUAAAAUGUUUAUAGAACGUUUCUGUAAAACUGCCAGCCUCCGGUGCUUUGUAUCCUCAUAGUUUUUUAAUAGCCAUUUGCACUUCCUUUAAUAGAUUUAUUUGAAGACUGCAUAUGAUCCAUUUCUAACUGUGUUAAUGAAAUUUAUCUAAAUAGUCAUUGAUAGCAAACACAGACGUUGAUGGUGAGCUGUGUAAUUCUGAAUAAAAUUUAUUAAAUAAUCCACAUUUGUCUUUUUUUUUUUGUACUGAAAAUGCCAAAAAACAUUUUAUGUGUAGCACUCGUCUAUAGGCAACCUUUUGUUUGUUGGUUUGUUUUUGUUUUUAUUAAAGAUUUUCUUGGUUUAGUA